AUGUUCGAGGUUGUCGAGGAUAAACACAUCGACAUCUUUUGCUGUCUUGCCGAUGGUGUAGUCCAUGAGACGACACCAGAAAACAUUAGACCUUACUUGGAUCCAUCUUUCCCAGAAGACAAGAUCGACUUGUAUUGUAGCAAGAUUACCAAACCGUCGGAUAUGCAAGAGUUUCGGGACGGAAUUAAAAAUAAUGUCAUGAGAACCCACACCAAGGGAACCAAGAUGUUUGUAUUGCUUAUGAACACAUUGGACUCGAGAAUACUUGCACCAGCACUCACCGGUACUCUCAAGUUGAUCAGAGACAUGGAUUACGAAGAACUCGAGGCAUUACUCGUGUCGUGGAGAGACUCUAACAUCCCGCAAAAGCGUCGUCUUUUCAAGCUUGUUUAUGGCUUGACAGUGACCACGUUCAUUCAAUGUCUUGAUGACCUUCACAAUGAGGCCAUUGGCUUCCCCAAUGCUGAAAAGCGCGAGAAGCUAUAUAACGAAUUUGAACCAGAUGAGUUCAGAUACACCAUGAUGGAGCAUCCUGCCGAUGGAAGCGAGCUCUACCUCCCGGUAGAUGCCUUAAUCGUUGGUUCGGGGUCGGGCGCAGGCGUCGUUGCAGAGACUUUGUCGAAUCGAGGAUUCAAAUGUGUGGUAUUGGAAAAAGGAAAAUACUACCAUCCUUCCGAGUACAAAUUCAAGGUUAGAGAGGGAAUGCAAAACUUGUAUGAAAACAAUGGUGUGGUGGCUACAACCAACCAGCAACUUUUCCUUCUCGCAGGCUCGACUUUUGGUGGAGGAAGUACUGUCAACUGGUCUGCUUGUCUUAAAACUCCAUUCAAGGUGCGUAUGGAAUGGUUCGAGGACCACAAGAUUGACUGGGCAGCUACUGACAAGUACGACAAAGAUAUGGAAUACGUGUUGAAGAAGAUGCAUGCGUCCGACGAGAAUAUUGACCAUUCAUACUCCAACCAAGUCAUUCUUGACGGUGGAUCGAAAUUGGGUUAUAAUGUUGCUGUUGUUCCCCAGAACAAUGGUGGGCACCCAAACCACGAUUGUGGCUUUUGUUUCUUGGGUUGUAAGCACAACAUCAAACAGGGUAGUGCUGCUUGUUGGUUCCGUGACGCUGCUAAGAACGGCACCCAAUUUAUGGACCAAGUCAAAGUCAGACAGGUUCUUCACAAACGUGGAAAGGCUUAUGGAGUUUUGUGUGAGGAUCUUGAAGGAAGAAAGUUUAAGAUUACUGGUCCCAAGAAGAUCAUUAUGUGUGGUGGUUCGUUGAAUACGCCAGUGGUAUUGCAAAAUUCCGGGUUCAAGAACAAGCACAUUGGAAGUAACUUGAAGUUGCAUCCUGUCACAGUUCUCACAGGACAAUUUCCCGACCAACGGUUUCACCCUUACGAUAAGCCUAUCAUGACAGCCGUUUGUACCCAGGUUGACGACUUGGAUGGCAAAGCUCAUGGUGCAAAGAUUGAAACCAUGCUUCACACUCCUCACAUCGAGGCGGCAUUUCUUCCUUGGAGAGGGAGCGAUGAUAUUCGUAAGGAAUUGCUUGGCUACAAUAACACUUGUUCCAUGUUACUUAUCACAAGAGACACUUCGUCCGGUACCAUUCGUAACGAUCCUGCUCGGCCAGAUGCUCUUGUUAUUGACUAUUCACUCAAUAAGUUUGACCGUCAAGCGUUGUUGGAAGCUAUGGCUGUUACUGCCGACAUGUUGUACAUAAAGGGAGUCCAGCGUAUCAUACCUCCCCAGGCUUGGAGUCCCUCCUUCACCACUACAAAGCCAGUGUCUGAACGUCUGGUAAACGACAAAGACUACCAGGAAUGGAGAAAGAAAUUGCUUAGUAUCCCAUUGAGUGCUGAGGGUCCAUCGUAUGGAUCUGCUCACCAAAUGAGUUCGUGCCGUAUUUCUGGCAAGGGACCUUCCGAUGGGGCUUGUGAUACCAGAGGUAGAUUGUACGAGUGUGGUAACAUCUACGUUGCGGAUGCGAGUGCAAUGCCCACCGCAAGUGGAGCCAAUCCUAUGAUCAGCACCAUGUCUAUUGCCCGUCGUAUUGCAUUGGGCAUUGCUGACGACUUAGAACCACAGAGCAAGUUGUAA